AAUCGUACUUUUCUUGAAAAGGUAACUGGAAUGAAGUUGAGAAAUGCGGGUCCGUCCAUCUCGAGAUGGACGGUUCCUUGUAUGAGUAUAUAAGUUUCGUCCGUUUUUUAAGAAAACCUUGAAAAAAGAGGGAAAAAGAGGAAAAAUUCAUCAUCGUCAUCGUCGUCGUCGCCGUCGCCGCCUUCCUGUGUCUCCUCUGCAACAAUGGCAAAUUUCUCGCUGGAAACCCUAACAUUAAUACCCCGCCCGCAGUCUUUUCAGAAAGCCCCGGUGUGUUCUUCUCCCUCCUGCCGCCCUCUUCGGUCGUCGUUCUCCCUCCUGCAAAGGCCGUGCGGCGUUUCCCCCUCCCAAAGCCCUAAACCCUCCUCCUUCUGCGCCUUGUCGUGCAAAUCCCUGACACCGUGGUCGCCUGACUCCCGAGAUGAAGUCGGUUACUUCGGGGCAGCUCAGGUGGAAGCCGGCGAUGAUCGCCCUCAUGACGAGUGUGGCAUCGUGGGGAUCUACGGCGACCCUGAGGCAGCGCGGCUUUGCUAUCUCGCCCUCCACUCGUUGCAACACCGCGGCCAGGAGGGCGCGGGCAUCGUCUCCAUGCCGUCAUCCCCCACCGCCGGCGGCCGGCGGGCCGCGCCUAUCUCGAUCACGGGGCUCGGCCUCGUCACUGAUGUCUUCAACGACGAGAGCCUCCGGCAGCUUGUGGGCAACUCGGCGAUUGGCCACGUGCGGUACUCGACGGCUGGUUCGUCGAAGCUGAAGAACGUGCAGCCCUUCGUCUACGGCUACUACUUCGGCUCCGUUGGCGUCGCACAUAACGGAAACCUCGUGAACUACCCUGCCCUCCGCUCCGCCCUCGAGCGGCGGGGCUCCAUCUUCAAUACCUCGUCCGAUACCGAGGUGAUUCUCCACCUGAUCGCUAUCUCGAAGGCGCGGCCUUUCGUCGCCCGUAUCGUCAACGCCUGCGAACAGCUGGAGGGCGCCUAUUCGCUCGUCUUCCUUACAGAGGACAAGCUCGUGGCGGUCCGGGAUCCUCACGGAUUCCGGCCCCUCGUCAUGGGCCGCCGGAGCAACGGAGCGGUCGUCUUCGCCUCUGAGACUUGCGCUCUGGACCUCAUCGAAGCGACAUACGAGCGCGAAGUGAAUCCAGGCGAGGUCGUCGUCGUCGAGCGCGACCUCGACGCCGAUGGCAGCGAAUUCUCUAUCACCUCCCUCUGUCUCCUUCCCCACAUGGAGAGGAAAGCUUGCGUCUUUGAGCUCAUAUACUUCUCCCUGCCGAAUUCCGUUGUCUUUGGGCGCUCAGUCUAUAAUUCCAGGUACCAUUUCGGGCAGGCACUCGCCAUGGAGGAUCCCGUCGAGUGUGACGUCGUCAUCGCCGUGCCUGAUUCCGGGGUAGUGGCGGCUCUUGGAUACGCCGCGAAGGCAGGGGUGCCGUUCCAGCAAGGCUUGAUCAGGUCGCACUACGUGGGGAGGACGUUCAUCGAGCCGUCACAGAAGAUUAGGGAUUUUGGCGUCAAGCUGAAGCUUGCCCCCGUCCGGCCGGUGCUCGAAGGGAAGAGGGUGGUGGUCGUCGACGAUUCCAUCGUUAGGGGGACGACAUCUACGAAGAUCGUUAGGCUUCUCAAGGAGGCGGGCGCGAAGGAGGUGCACAUGAGGAUCGCCAGCCCGCCCAUCAUCGGGUCUUGUUAUUAUGGUGUCGACACGCCGGAGUCAGAGGAGUUGAUCUCUAACAGGAUGAGCGUCGAGAAGGUGAGGGAGUUCAUAGGAGCAGACACGCUUGCGUAUCUCAAGCUGGAGAAUUUGAGGAAAUUGCUUGGGGAGGAGAGCUCGGGGUUCUGCUACGCUUGUUUCUCUUUGAAUUAUCCUGUUGAUCCCUAUAAAGGUCAGCAGAAGCAGGAGGAUGACGGCCAGGUGGAAGACUUGAAUUCCUAUGGUGGUGAUAGUUUGCGUAAAGUAGCGGCAAAUUAUUGAUGAUGGUGAAAAUUCGGUUUCAAUUGGAAUUCGGCAGUGCUUGCUCUCAUCGCCAGAAGCUAGCUUGUUGACAUUGUAUAAAUGGGAGAGGUGGUAGUCUGUAUUGGGCCUUCCUGUCGAAGCGCAGCCCGAGAGCUGGUAUUUUCUGGUCUCUUUUGUCUGUAUAAGGACAUUCUCAAAAAUUUAACAAGUUCUUUCUUAUUGAUAAUCUACCAGAUGUUCAUCUCUGCUUUUGGCCUCUUCCCAGAGAAGUUGAGAUGUUGAAAAUGGUUUCAGAUAGAUAUUAGUAAUAGGGUUGCAAACAAUGGUAGUUGUAAAAGGACCUUCAAUACAUUUGGCAGAAUAACUUCUGACU